ACACAUAAACGGAUGAAUGUAUAUUUGUGUUUUUUUUUUUAAUGAAGACAGUUACAAUUUUGCACCUGAACUAUUCGAGGUGCCUAAUAUGCUGUCUUGUGCAGCAUCUAGAAUAUAAAGUACUCUAAUAACCGGAUCCACUAAAUUUUUGAACACUUCAUAUGGUUAUGUGUUAUCACUCAGGGGACAGACGGUUUUCUCCAUGGAAGGGAUCAGUUUUAGACUCUGUAAUUGGUGUUUUUCUCACUCAGAAUGUUUCAGACCAUCUUUCUAGCUCUGCUUUCAUGUCACUUGCUGCGCGAUUCCCAUUCGAACCAGAAAGUGACCAAGGACAAUCAUAUCAAGAUGUAGAGAGCAUCAUAGCAGAAGAACCUGAAGUACAUGAUCUGGUACCAGAUGAUACGAUUCAAUGGAAUAAAGUGUUGAAUGAGCCAACUUGUAGCAAGAAUUCUAAGAUGCUUCUGGACUCGGACUACAAUGACAUUAGAGAAGUUGUCAACAGUGUCAAGUCCUCUGGAAAUUGCUUUGAUGGCAGCAUACCAAAGGAUAACCUAAGUGGCCAAUUGUCAGGCUUCCCUAAAAAUGGUCCAGAUGCAUCCCUUGAAUCUACAGUGAAUAAGUCAACAGGUUUCGUUGGGGAUGAAAGAAACUUGGAUGAUAUGCUUUCUUCUCAGAAUUCUGCUAUUCACUCUCAGCACUCGGCAGAUUCUAUCAUUGCUCUAACCAGCGAAAGAACUGAAUCUUGCUCAGUGAGCACCUUAGAAGCAGAACCACCAGCUGGAAGUAAACCAAACACAAACAGUAUUAUUUGCUCUACUUCUUAUGUUAAGCUAUCACGGAUGGUACAAACCAUACUACAUGGAGAUAACAAUCAAGGGAAUGAAAAUAAACUGUCCAAUAUGGAUAGGCAAAUCGAUUCAGUAAUUAUGGUCCCUGACUCGCAAAAUCAAAAUGAGAACCAGUCAGAUAUUACCCGCAGUAAGCCAGCUUUGCAUCUGACACCCAGUUCAGGAGAACAAAAAGCCGGACACUUUGACUUACCUCGAAAGAAUGGUGAAAGCUUGAAUACUGCCAAUGCAAAAGAACUUUGUGAGAUGGAACUAAGUGGGUCGUCAGCAGAAUCUGCGACCCAAGGUACUAUGCAGAAGUUCCUAACUAUCAGUUGCGAAGUACCAAAAUUCUGUAGUGAGAAGGCUCACUCAAGCAACCAUCUAAUGGACGUGAAUCAAAAGAUAGCUGAAAAUCCUACAGGAAAACUGGAGUCACAGUUUCUGUUCCAAAAAAAUAACUAUAAAAUGCAGGAUGUAUCAAACAUCCCGAUUUUCGAACAAAGUUUGAUGGAUAUCACAGGUAGUAGCAAUAUCGAUAAUUCAAGAACGUCUAAGCACAAAGAA